AUGCUGUGCUAUGCCACAACUGAACCUCGUUUUGGCAUCUUCCACAUCGGCAGUUUUAACGCCCGACAAAACGGAAUCCGCCUGGACUUGCUUCGGCGCCACAGCGGCAGCUCCGCGCGGCGGCGCUGGGCCGCGCGCGCCACGCCCAAAGCGCCCGCUGCCCCCGAGCUGCACGAGACGCCCAUUCCCAUGGACCAAGUGCGCGAGAUCGCCGACAUGGAGCCCACGCCGCUGUUGCUGCAGCAGAUGCGCACGUUCGUCGGCGCUGCGCAUCGUCUCAGCCACGCGUUCUCUCAGCUGGCCUGGAAGCUUCCCAUCGGGCCAUAG